UAGUAGCUCGUCUCUCCAGAGGGGUAAAGCUUUUUUUCAGGGUUAGGAUAGCUCCUUUUCGCCCUCGAGCUGGGCAAUCAGUGUUCCGCUAACACCAGCCGCUGCGUCGAACUCGCACUUGUUUCACUGCAUUCUUCACCAUGGCGGACGCUGCAGAAGUUGAGAUUGCUCAACCCAAGAAAAGAACCUUUAAGAAGUUUACUUUCCGCGGCGUCGAUCUCGAUGCUCUCCUCGACAUGAGCAUGGAUGAGCUCGUUGAGCUGUUUCACGCCCGUGCACGCCGCAGGUUUCAGCGUGGGUUGAAGCGCAAGCCGAUGGCUCUUAUCAAGAAGCUGCGCAAAGCAAAACGUGAGGCACCUGCUGGUGAGAAGCCUGAGCCUGUGAGGACACACCUCCGCAACAUGAUCAUUGUUCCAGAGAUGAUCGGUAGCGUCAUUGGUGUGUAUAACGGCAAGACCUUUAACCAGGUCGAGAUCAAGCCCGAGAUGAUUGGACACUAUUUGGCUGAGUUCUCCAUCUCGUACAAGCCCGUAAAGCACGGUAGGCCCGGUAUUGGAGCUACCCACUCUUCGCGAUUUAUCCCACUCAAAUAGACAAUCGGUACUUCGAGCGGCAGAUUACUGAUGUGCGAUUUCUAUAAUUCAAGAGCAUCUUACUUUUAAUGCACAGAUGUUUCCUCA